GGGGCCGGGGCCGGGGCGGGCUGGCGAGCCGGCCCGGCUCAGCCGGGACCAUGUCCUAGCCGCCGAGCCGCGCCUCCGCGCCGCGCCAAGCCGGGCGGGACGGGCCGGGCAGGGCCCGGGCUGCGCGGCCGCCGCGUCCCGGGCUCCCGCCAGCCCCGCUUCUGGAGGACAGGGAGGAGGAGGUGGCGGCUGCGGCGGCGGAGCUGCUGGCAGGAGCCCGGGCCCUGGACUGGGGCCCCGAGGCCGGAGCAGGACUCCAGGAUUCUCAGUGUGAAGGUUAAAAAGGAAGGAAAGUCCUGAAUGAAAGGCAGAAUCCAGAGCAGAACUGGAAGGGACCUUAGGGAUCAUCUCUUCCAGUACUUUCAUUUGACAGAUACAGUCUUCAGGCCCAGAGAGAAGCGACUUGUCCAAGGUCACAAAGCAAAUUGUUAUCAGGAAGCUCAAAGUGGAAGUGACAGCUAACAAGAUGAGUGUGACAUCAUGGUUUCUGGUGAGCAGCAGUGGCACCCGCCACCGGCUGCCAAGAGAAAUGAUAUUUGUUGGCCGGGAUGACUGUGAACUGAUGCUUCAGUCUCGAAGCGUGGACAAGCAGCACGCAGUCAUCAACUAUAACCAGGAUAAGGACGAGCACUGGGUGAAGGAUCUUGGCAGCUUAAAUGGGACGUUUGUGAAUGACGUGCGCAUCCCUGACCAGAAAUAUGUCACUCUGAAACUCAACGACGUUAUCCGCUUUGGCUACGACUCCAACCUGUAUGUGUUAGAACACGUCCAACACAAGGUCCCCGAAGAGGCUCUGAAGCACGAGAAGUACACCAGCCAGUUGCAGAUGAAUUUUAAGGGCACAACUGUGAAGCGAGGGGACCCCCCAGCAGACCUUGGUCCUUAUUCUGAAUCCCCACAGGCCAAACCAGAGAAGGGAGACCGGAGACCUGUCCCAGAGCCAUUGACCUACCGCACACCACUAUACGGGCAGCCUUCAUGGUGGGGGGAGGAUGAUGGCAACAACAAAUUGGACAGGCCAGAUGACCAGCACCAAGAGGAUCAUUAUCCAGAGAGGACCAAGGAGAUUCCCCAGCAUGAAGAGGUCAAUGGGAACAUUCCAAGCUACCGGGAUGGCCAGGAACCAUCAGCAUUCACCUUCCGGAGGGAGCCAAGCUAUUUUGAGAUCCCCACGAAAGAGUUUCAGCCUGUCUCCAAGUCCGUGGAGGAACAGGUUCAUGAAGUCCCCACGAAGGACGUGGAGCCCGGAGGGGGUGGGGCACACCCAGUGGUACAAAGCCAUGCCUCCUUCACCAUUGAAUUUGAUGACUGUAGCCCUGGCAAGGUGAAGAUCAAAGAUCAUGUCACCAAAUUCUCCCUGCGACCUCGGCGGCCUCUUGUGAAGGAUCCGGCCCCUACUGACAUGGUGUCUGCUCAGAGCAAGGUAGCGCAUUGGUUGGUACAGAAUGAUCCUAGCCUGAUACGAAGGCCAGGACCUGGGGAGGAUGGCUACAGCACCAAGAGUGACCUGCCUGUCCAUGUACGGACACUGAAGGGCCACCGGCAUGAGGAUGGCACACAGAGUGACACAGAGGAUCCAGCGGCAGCCUCUUCUCUAAAGGCAGAAAAAGAGGCUUCCCCAGUACCGGUGGCAGAGCCCCCCAUGGGAGAGCAGGUCCGACUGCAGCGGCAGAUCAAGCGGGACCCUCAGGAAAUGCUGCACAAUCAGCAGGCCUUUGUCAUUGAAUUCUUUGAUGAAGACACACCCCGUAAGAAACGUUCCCAGUCCUUCACCCACAUGCCAGCUGACCCCAAAGCAGACAAGCGCAGAGUGCCAGGGCCCACUGGUGUCUGUGGGGGAAUGGCUGCUGUCCCAGGUCCUGCUUCAGGCCGAACAUCUGGAAGCACUUCAGGCCCCCAGAGGGCCAGUUCACUCAAGCGAGAGAAGACGGAGGAUCGGAUAGGUUCAACUUCAACAGCUGCCCGCCCAACACACCGACUCUAUGGCAGUGUGGGACGCAGGUCCCGGAUGGCUCAGGAUUUUGCUGCUGAGUACCUGCGGGAGACUACAUCAGCAGGGAGGCCAGGCCCAGAAAAACAGCCACCAGGCUUGCCCGCACCCCUAGCUCCCCGUGUGGUCAUCUCGACAGCUCCCCCAGUCCCCCCAUCCUCCCCAGCCCCAGUGUCUGCUGACCCCCAGCUGACCAAGUCCCGGAAGCAGGAGGAGGAUGACAGUUUAAGUGAUGCUGGCACCUAUACCAUUGAGACGGAGACACAGGACAAGGAAGUUGAGGAGGCACGGAAAAUGAUUGACCAGGUUUUUGGGGUGUUUGAGUCACCUGAGUUUUCCAAGAUGACCUCAGCUACCUUCCGCCCAGUUAUCCGUGGAGAGAAGGAUGAAGCAGGCUCCUCCUCACCCCCCAUGGCAGAGGCAGGGGUGGCUCAGCGGCUGGCCAUGCUGCAAGAGUUUGCCUCUAGGACCUCAAGCCUGUCUCCUCCAGGCGAGACCCAGGUCCUGCCAGUGUCUGGCUCUCCAGGGAGUCAGAAAUGGGUAUCCCGUUGGGCCAGUCUGGCUGAUAGCUAUUUGGAUCCGGGACCAGGGACUUUGCUCUCUGAGUCAACCCCCUCUGGCCUGGACUCUGAGACUGAUGUCACCAACCACAAAGUUGGGGAGUUGGAGCCAACUUUGCCUUCCAGAACACGAAGACUACUCCCCCAACUACCCCCAAGUGACAAAGCAGAAAGUCCUGUGCUGACUGGAUUAAUGGGGACAGAACCCUACCCUGAAGUCACCAAGAGAAAUGCAGCCAAGAAUCCAGCCUCAGAAUCCUACGAGAACCCGGUGGACCACUUGUUCAUUCAAGAAGAUCUGGACCCAGACAGUCUCAGUGAUGGAAGUCAAUCAGAUGAUGGGCUUGGGCCUGGGGAGAGAAAGAAUGAUAGUGUCCAGAGGCCAGAGUGGCCCCGGGGCCAGCAGCAUUCACCAGUGGCAGAGCUUCAGCAUUCUAAACCCAAAACAGCAGGGGAGCCAGCCCCCAUGUCCUUCUAUAUUGGAGAUGAAAACAAGGAACCCAGCUUCCCCUCCAAACUCUCCCCAAGUACCCCACCAUCCCGAGCCAACAAGGAACCUGUGGAUCAGGAGUCAUCCCCCUUGCGGCCAGUCAGCAGCUCCCCUUCCCUGAGGUCCAGAGCCAAGGAGGAGAAUGGUACAUAUAUCAGCGUGACAGGGAAGAUGACUAUUUCCCUACAGACCAACCAGUCCCCAGAACAAGAGAGUUCGGCAGGGGUAGCAAAGGAGGCCCUAUCCUUUGUCCGUCAGGAGAGCUUUACCAAAGAGCGGGCAAGCAGCGGCAUUGCUCCCAACAGGCUCCCCCACAUAUCCAGCCAUCCCCUCCUGAAGGACUUGGAGGCUGCCCGGGCCACCCGCAUGGACUACCACACUCAGGAUACACACUUAAUCUUGAAGGAGACGGAGACGGCUCUUGCAGCUUUGGAAGCCAAGAUCCUUGCCAAGUCCCCUGGGGAGGAUGCCAGGAACACCUCUACACAACCAGAGGAUUCCUUAUCAGGUGACUCUGAUGUGGACACAUCUAGCACGGUUAGCCUUCGCAGUGGGAAGAAUGGGUCCAGCCAGACCCAGAAGGGCAAGGUGGCGGUGGGCAACGGCCCGCAGAAAGAGCGGCCAUCAUCUGCGCCUUCAGUCCAGGAUUCUAGUAAUGGUGGCCUCGUGCCCAGUGCCCGUGAACGGCUCUCAGAGAAGCAGCGUCGCCCAGGGCCAGCCCCAGAAGGAACUCGGCGCUUCCAGGUUAAACGUAACAAUGGAACCCGUGGAUCUCUGGACUUUACAGAUGAGGAGCGGGUGUCUGGUCACCCCCACGUAUCUGGUCCGGAUACCAUCGCUUCAGAACCUGAACAUCCAUCAGCAGCGACGGUCAGACCCACACCCCGGAGGAAGCCCACAGCACCGCCUCCUUCUCCUUCGGCCACGAAGGAAGAACACAGCCGGGUCUCUGCCAACGUGCAGAAGGUGCAACAGAUUCUCACAAGGUCUAAUAGCCUGUCGACCCCACGGCCCACUCGGGCCUCCAAGCUUAGGCGGGCGAGGCUUGGGGAUACCUCAGACAAUGAGGGGGCUGAGAACGAAAGGGCCACUGCAUCCAACCCUGAGGCCACGACCAAGCAGGCCACAGAGGGCAAGAAGCUGUCCCGCCUGGACAUUCUUGCCAUGCCCCGGAAAAGGGCUGGUUCAUUUACAGUGCCCAGUGAUUUGGAGUCAGCCCCAGCCCGGACAGGCUUCUCUGGAAGGAGUGUUGAGUCCUACUACUCAAGCCGAAAGUCGACCAUGUCAGAAGCUCGAGCAGCAGCCAGGAAAACAGCAGCAGCUGUGGCUGCAGCAAAACAGCCUUUCAACAGGGCUCGCUCAGGCAGUGCCCGAUAUUCCUCCUCUUCUAACGCCCGGCGGAGGCAGCAGGGGUCAGAUUGCACAUCCACCUCGGAGGAGGAAUACGGCUCCACCCACAGUUCUCCCAAACACAAACGCUCCCAUGCCUCAACAGCCACUCAGACCCUGCGGGCCACCAGCCAGGGCCGGGCCAGACCCUAUAAUGGGCGGGACACAGAUGAGGAUGAUGAGGAUGACGGGCCCGAGCACUACAACUUCAUGGUACAGACAGCAGAGAUCGCUGAGAUUGCCAGGUUAAGCCAGACUCUGGUGAAAGAUGUUGCCAUCUUGGCGAGAGAGAUCCAGGAUGUAGCUGGGGAUGGAGACUCCCAGAGCUCCUCAGGAACUGGCCGUGGCACCUCACUCAGCUCUGUCCCCAGCACUCCAGCCUCCACUAUUUCUGCCCGAGAGGAGCUGGUACAGCACAUCCCAGAAGCCAGCCUCAACUUCCAAAAGGUGCCACCUGGUGCCAUGGGCUUGAAGGACUUUGACCAGAACAUGAAUGACAAUCGGGAUGACAAUUAUGCUUGGAGGGCACGACCCAGGAACCGAGAAGAGGUGAUCUUUGAUAACCUGAUGCUGAAUCCUGUUUCCCAGCUAUCGCACACAAUCCGGGAGAACACGGAAAACCUCGCAGAGAAAAUGAAGAUUCUCUUCCAGAACACAGAGAGGACCUGGGAAGACAUGGAGGCCAAGAUCAACUCAGAAAAUGAAGUGCCCAUCCUGAAGACAUCCAACAAGGAAAUCAGCUCCAUUCUGAAGGAACUAAGGAGAGUCCAGAAACAGCUAGAAGUUAUCAAUGCAAUCAUUGACCCCACUGGAAACUUGGACAUCAUGACUGGCAACAGGCUGUCAUCGGGGUCAACGCUAAGGCCAGCUAGUAAGGUCAGGACUGCUAUUAGCCCUGCCCCUCCUACUGAGGAAGUAGUGGGCUCCCUGACACCAUCCAUGAAAAACCGCACCCAGAACUCCACCUGCAGCUCAACCCGACUCCAGGACGCUGCCUUCCUUCCUGAGGCAGAGAAGUUUGUGAUAUGAAGACGUGUCCUGCGUCACUGCCGCUGGCCACCUGUGAUUCCAGUGGUGUGUUAGUGUUGUGUGUGUAUGUGUGAUUGUGGGCUGUUGUGUCAGUCACUGGCACUUUGUACAAAGAAAUUGAGCCUGUUGGGCCUACGGCAGUUGUUAGACAACUAGCCAUGUCAGAUAUCCCACUUGUGCCAAAUCGAUGGCCCAGCUGUGCACCUCUUCUGGGCUCCUCUGCCCUGCCCUAGUCUAGUAAUCACACCCCUCUCUUUCACUCAUCAUCCAUGGCUGUAAGGUCUUAGCCUUGAUGAUAUGUUCCUUCCCAGGGCCUUGGAUACCCCUUAAUGUUGGGUCUGCAUGGAAUUGGUCAUGAGCCUAUGGAACAGAUCCAGUGGCAUCGGAUGGGUCCCCAGUGCCCUGACAGGCAUGCCAUACAUCUGACAUUAGCACCAGGCUCUGAGCUUCUACCCAAAGGGGACAUCAGAUAAGCCUAGGUGGCAUUAAGGUUCUUCUAGACCUGCCUUUGGACUGACCUUGGCAUUAGCUAGGCCUAGGGUCACUCUCUGGCCAAAUCAUUGUCCUUUUAGCCUGAUUUGAAUCUUGUCUUGGUAUUCAUUCUUUAGCUUUUACAAAGAAGGAAAAAAGUUUGCUCUUAGGAAGCUGGUGUCCCUUAGGGGCUAGAGAGCCAUCUGCACGUGGUUCUUCAGGGAACAGGUGCUCUUCCCACAGGCUUUGGCCAGAUGACUCCAGCAAUGAGCCCUCCUGGAUCUAGCCCUCACAGUGGCUUAAAAGGAUAUCAGCAUUAUCGGGUCAAACAGUCAGUCAGCAGCUGUUCAGUGAAUUCCUACUCAGUGUGCCACACCCUGUGCUCGUGCUCCAACAAGGGGAAGAUAGUAAAAGGAGACUCCCUUCCCUCAAGGAGCUUACAGUCUGGGGGGAGACAGGAGAUAGAAGCUCAGGCCCUGAUCCAAAGGAGUUCCAUCUGUGGGAGAGACUUACCUAUGGGGGGCCAUCAGGGAAUCACUUAGGUUGGAGGUGAAGUGCUCUUAAUAAGUGUGGGAGCUGUUCAAUGGAAGGAGAGAUUUGUGAAGAGUGGGGUGCUCAGGGAGUUCAGCCUCCUGGGAGAUGUGUACCCAUGGACACAUGUCAUCCUGCAUCAUUUGGCUUCAUUUGGAACAGACUGUUACUGGUUACAGGGCCAGCCGGCUCACCAUGCUGAGCAAGGAGCCGGGAGCAUCAUUGUCCUCUGUGGUGCCCAUGUUAGUCAGACAGCACUGGUGCCUCCUCUGUGGUGCCAGGGGCUGGUCAGUCCCAGCACUGAGAGAGCAGGGCACAAAAACUUAGUUCCUUGUUCACAGCAAAAAACCGCCCUUUGCUUGUCACCAUUCACCCUGCCAAAUUGCCAGGCAUUCAGGAGAGACCCAGUGCCCCUUGCUCUGCACACUCCUUAGAGAGGCUUCUUUUGCCCUGGCAACUCUGAGAUGAGCAGACAAGGUGACAAAUACAGAAUGCAGUCAUGUGUGCACUGAGACAUGCACAUGUACUCACAAAGGCACAAUGAACGUACAUACAACUUGCAUAUAUACGGCAUGCACAAGAGUAUAUUGCACACAUGAGCGCAGACAUGUGCAUGUACAAACAUGUACUUGUAGACACACACACACACACGUGGUCUGGUGUCUGUGUAUUCACUUCUGAGUUUUCUCUCUAGUCUUUGCAGUGGUGGUUCUGCCUGGUCACCCUGCCCCCGGUCAGAAUGUUGGCAGGCAGGCUGAUUGCUUAAUGGUCUUGUUUGGUCUGGGAAGAGACCUCUCUCCUCUCCACUGGAGGCCAAAGUGAGCCACUUCCCCAAGUUGAAGCAUCAGUGGGAAUGUCAGACUGUGGUUCCUGAGUCCAGAGCCCUUGCCUAUCCCAAUAUUUUCCUGUGCUCCAGGGGAAAACAAGGCUUCUCUGAUCCAUCUGUUUCCUGGCCUGUGCCCAGCCCCAGACUCAGCACACACCUUUGCCCAUAAGCCUGUCCUAGAGUCUAGCUGACUGCAGUUGGGGAAAUGUCAACCUUGGGACUCUGAUUUUACUAGACAGGACCAGGCCACUACCAGGUGCCCUUAUUAUGAUCAGUCAUGACCCUCUAGCUCUGAGGCUGAGGCACCUCUCUGUCUCUACUUGGAAGAAGAUGAGGUAGAGAGGGUAGUCAUUUUUUUCAUCUCUUCAUCCCUUGGUCAGAUCCCUCCUCAAAUAGCUUUCUUCAAAUUCCCCCUAGAAGGGCACAAGGAAGAGUGUUCUUCCUUGUGAGCCCUGCCCCUGCCACAUCCUCUGCUGCUUUCUGAAUUUUCAGGAAUUAGAUACUGUCAUCACUGACUGCCAAAAAAUUGUGGCAUGGAAGUCCCAGCUCUAGACAGGAGGGCAGAAUGUAGAGCAACAUCUUACUGUGUGACCUUGGGCAAAUUGCUUCGCUUCUCUGGGCUUGCAAUGGGCUCUCCACCUGCAACAUGGGGAGAAUGACUCUUUCCUUUCCCCCCUUUCACCUUCAGUGCUGUGACGAUGAACCAGGUGCCGGGGGUCACUUGAGAAAUCUCUAUAAAGGUAGACUGGGUCAUUUGAAUCUGAACCCGAAAACUUGGAUUGGAGUUUGGAGACAUUUUUACAGCAUGAAUAUUUCUGUAGUUUUUUUCCAGGAUCUUCCUGGAUUCUUUGCCAACAGGGCACAUGCUAACUUAGCUGGGUCUGUUAUACACCUUUUCUCCCUCACUUUCCCAACCCAAUAAGCCAAAGAGCUAGCCCGGUCUUAUCAUUCCUUGGCUUCCCUGCCCCCACCCAGACCCAGGUGAGACCAGGACAUGGACUCUGGGUGCAUGUCCCCCCUCCUCCAUUCACCAGGCAUCCUGAAGGUCAGGCCUCAGAGGACAGCAGAGUUUGCCAACAGAGACUUGGCUGGAUGGUUUUGGAUGGCCCCUUUCUCCCCCUCCUUCAUUAUCCUAGUCCAGGUAGAUUAGCUGUAUUGAUGAGUGCUUGAGGACAAAGUCCUCCUAAUGGUGCAGAUACUCUGAGAAGGUCCAAAUGGCCUGGCAGAGUGUGAGUCUGAUGGUAUCCAAUGAGCUGGGGGUUCUGUGGCCUGUGGCCAGCUCAGGAGUGUUUCUACGUUUACAUGCAGCUGUUUAAGAGCUCUGUUUUUAAACUUUUAAAAAAAGAUUAAAAACAGAAGUAAGUAUAGACAGAUAAGUGUGUGACUUCUCCUGGUUCCUUUCUCUGCUUCCUAAUUCAGCCUUGGCAGCAUCCCUGGAGUAUGCUUGCCUAAGCUCAUAUUCCUCUGUGGCCCCCUCCAGGACUGGCUAGACUGAAGCAUGCCUGUAGUGAGGGAGGGGUCACGCUCUCUGCUGCCUGGUGCUUCCUCAUUGCUGACCCAGCCAUUGGGUGUAUAUAUAAUGAGAGAGAUGGCUAUACCCGCUGUCUUGGGCCAGCCAUAUGCAUGAGUGUGUCCGUGUACCUUACAAACGAUCAAUGUCCAUCUCUCCUCACUCAUUGACUUGCUCUGCCACUGGUUGAUUCUCUGGUUUUCUACCCCACUCCCUCCCCUCCAUGAUAGUUGUAUAAUUUUUUUUUUGGAGGGGAGAAAUUCACAAGCUCACACCUUUCCGGUUUGGUUUGUUCCUCCUUCCCUUUCCCACUGAGUGGUAAUUUAUUUUGUCUGGAUUGGAGGCAGUAUCUGUACAUUUGAUUCCCAGGUGACACUGUAGAUGUCUUUAAGAAAAUGGGUUAUUUUAUAUAAUUUUAUCAUAGAUUGUUCAAAUAAAUCAUUCUUUUGUCACACA